CUUUUUUCUGCAGUUUCAGAUUGGUAUCUACCCAGGUGUGUGCAGUCUGCUCUGGUAGGUACUGGUGAUGAGACGCAGCUUUUUAUGUCUUAAGACCUUGCAGUUUUUGAGUCUUGUAAUUACAAAAAGAGAAAAAGAGGAGGAUUUCCAAGAAAGCUGAUCCAAAUGGGAAAAUUGCACACUCUACUAGCUUUGACUCUGCAAGUGCUGUACUCUUGCUAUGCAGCUCCCAGUGUUUCCAAUGGCUUCUUCUACCAAGACAUCUUGAAUGGAACCGGGAACGGAGAAAUUCAUUUCAAUGGCAUAAAGCUUCGAGUUGCGUCUCAGCCGCACUCUGUGUUUGCUGUGAGGGGAAGUAAAGUCACCCUGCCCUGCCGGUACUGGUAUGAGCCUCCGUUAAUCAGCCCACGAAAGGUGAGGGUCAAAUGGUCCUUGUUACCACUCUCUGGGGACCAAGAGUCUGAUGUGCUUGUGUCUAUUGGUCACCGUCAACGAAGCUUUGGAGCGUUUAAAGAUCGAGUGCAUCUUCAGAAGGACGACCAAGGAGACAUUUCACUCAUUAUAACCAAUGUGAGCCUCAAGGACAGUGGACUGUAUCGCUGUGAAGUAAUAGAUGGGCUGGAGGACGAGAGUGCCACAUUGGAUUUGGGACUCAGAGGUGUGGUGUUUCCCUACCAGCCUCAUCAUGGCCGCUACCACCUAACCUUCAAAGAAGCCCAAAAAGCCUGUAAUGACCAAGAUGCUGCUGUUGCCACAUUUGAUCAGCUCUUUGCUGCCUGGCAAGGAGGGCUGGACUGGUGUAAUGCUGGCUGGCUGGCAGAUGGCACAGUGCAGUACCCCAUUGUCCAGCCCCGACAGCCUUGCGGAGGCCUUGAUCUGUCUCCUGGUGUGCGCAGCUAUGGAGCCAGGCACAAACAUAAAAACCGCUAUGAUGUCUUCUGCUUUACAUCCACUGUUACAGGACAAGUGUACUACUUGCAGCAUCCUCAGAAGCUCAACCUUACCAUGGCAGUCCAGGCCUGUAUUGAAGAUGGUGCUCAAAUUGCCAAAGUUGGUCAGCUGUUUGCAGCAUGGAAGUUUUUAGAGCUGGAUAACUGUAAUGCAGGAUGGCUAGCAGAUGGAAGUCUGCGCUACCCAAUCAGCAAACCUCGUCCAAACUGUGGACCUCAGAAAUCAGGGGUCCGUAGCUUUGGCUUUCCUUUGACACACCAUAAACAUGGUGUAUACUGCUAUAGAUCUAGAUAAAGGCUCUUUGAGACUAAGUGCCCGUUAAAUGUGAAAUAAGAGGUACAACAGCCUCGUAUCCAACUGCAUGUCUGGGCUUUUCUAAGAACUUGGAUAAGAAGAGAUGAAAGGACAAAUUUUAUUGACAGUUAAACCUUACACAAUGUACAAAUACAAAUCUCCUUCAGAUUGAUUUGAAUAGCUUAGGUCAACAGGAGAAAUAAUAAUUAUGGAAAUGUAUCUAGAUCAUAAUUUCAAUGAAAAAUUAUUACAAGAAGUGAUUGACAUUUGGCUCAUAUUUAGACAAAAUUUCCUUUUAAAUUAUAUUCCAUCUGCUAAAACAAAUUUUAGCUGUUGAAAGAUCAGACAUUCUAAUUAAUAAUCAUAUGAUGCUAACGUAACUUUUUGU